AUGUGUAUUGGAUUUCAAUGCCUCCCAAUACGGGUAUAUGCCAUUUGGUGAAUGUGGAAGUGUGAAAGAAGAUAUAACAAACUGGGGCAGCACUAGUGAUGGUUUCCCAGCCACUUUCUGCUGCAGAAACUCUCUCACACUACUCUCCGAUGCCCUCGCCUCGCAAGUCCGUAACUCAACAGGCCAAAUCUUCCCUUCUCAACAACAAUGGCAGAGUUGCAACAAAUCAUUCCAUCCACAACAAGGAAUGUCACUGUCCUCAUGUGGCUUUGAUAGCAUUUACUUUGGUAGCUCCAGAUGUUCUAAUUUAUAUCUGCUAGAUGCUCAGAACUUGCAACAGUUCACUGAUGCAUUGGAAACAUGUAGCCACUUUGACCGUUCGCUUGAAGAAUCGUGUUUGGAUUGUACGAGUGCGAUUUUGAGCUUACGAGAUGGUUUGUAUGAUAAAAUGGUUGGCAAAGACAACUACAAUGAUACCGAGAGAGCCAUAUGUGGUGUAGCAGCUCUUGUUUCUGUCGCUUUUGAACAACAAGAUGAUCCUUUCCUUGCAGACAAAUUCUUGCGAUGCUUUCCGCCUCCCGCAGUAUAUAACAAGAAAUCAUCGAUGAAGAAACUUGUGUUGGCAGUAUUGGUGGUAGCGAUCCUAGCAUUAUUGAUUAUUGUUUUUCUGGUAAAAUGUGUAUCAAAGAAAAAGCCUAUUAAGAAGCAUGCUCAGUUGAAACAGAUAGCUACUUGGUCUGGACUUUACUGGUUCACGAAAACCGAAAUUGAAAAUGCGAUGAACUUUGAAAAUGAAAAGAUAAACCUCGGACGUGGGAGUGCAGGCGAGGUGUAUAGAGGUGUUUUGCCUAGCGGACAAGUUGUGGCCAUCAAGCAUUUGAUAAAGAGUAACACAUCGAGUUCUGAUUCGUUCACCCGAGAACUUGCAGGUCUUUCUAGGCUUCGUCACCCGAACCUGGUUUGCUUGUUUGGUUGUUGCAUGGAAGAUGGUGAGAGAUAUUUAGUCUACGAGUUUUGCGCGAAUGGAAAUCUUGCUCAACAUCUCUUGAGAAGAGAUAGUCAUUUGACAUGGGAAGCAAGAGUGAGGAUUCUGCGAGAAUGUUCAUUUGCGCUUAAGUAUCUCCAUCAUCAUAUCGAGGGUUGUGUUGUACAUAGAGAUAUCAAGCUUACGAACAUUCUUUUGACUGAGAAAUACGAAGCCAAACUGUCGGAUUUCGGAUUGUCAAGGAUGAUGGGGAUGGAAGAGAGCAAGGUUUUUACUGAUGUUAGAGGAACCAUAGGCUAUAUGGAUCCCGAGUACAUGAGUAAUGCGAAGCUAACUUGCGCGAGUGAUGUAUACAGUUUCGGAAUUGUUGCUUUGCAAAUUCUGUCAGGACAGAAAGUCAUAGAAUUGGAUCUCGAUGCUCGAGACCAGCUUACCAGAAAGGCAAGAGAUGUGAGUAUGGGAAAGCGUCCACUGUCGGAUUUUGUAGACUCGCGACUAAAGGGACAAGUUGAUAAGACAGAUUUCGGAACCAUUUUACAGAUUGCAGUACUUUGCGUUGCAAAAUCAAGCACAGGUCGUCCUUCAAUCGAGGUCGUUUUUGACGAAUUGGACAAAGUCUAUAGGGACAUAGAAGCACGCAAGAAGGCAACCCCAACACCAUCAACAACAACAACAACAACAACAACAUCAACAUCAACAUCUAGCUCUAAUUGA